ACCGAUGUAUUCCUUCGCAACCCCUCUCGUUUCCUGGCUCUUCUUCACUGUUUUCACAGACAUCUUGGUUGAAGCAAGAUGCUAUAAUUGCAAUACCAACAGUGUAUGUCCAUCGCUUUGAUGAUGCGCAGCUAAUGGAUAUUGUCAAUCAGAUAUCACGUCUCAGCUUGGCUGAUGACGAGGCUGGAUGGCCUGACCCCGGAGAUGGUGUUGUUGAACGCUGUCUUGGUGGUUCUGCCUGGUCAGUCUACAACGAGACUCCCGGGGCGUUUUACCCUUAUGCUGCCGAAACCUCGUUCGAGUUUCCCGUCGACUAUGAAAUCCUGUACUUGUUAGCUAGAGGUGGUGCAAACAUCGGCACCAUAACCAUCGUCAACUCGAAUGUUGUCAAAAAUACGGCUGAUGUCCUUGUGCACGUGGGUUACCACACACAGCAGGCGUUGGAUCAUGCCAAUGUCUGUCUGCUGAAUAAAGGCCCGGGGUAUCAUAAUACUCAAGGUGUUGGCAUUUAUACACCUAUCGGAUGGUUCCCUUCUGAGCAGGAAGGUCGCAUGCACUUUGACGUCACAGUGACACUUCCCGCUACCCCCGGUGGCAAACCCCUGCAGAUCAAGAGAUUUGAUAUCACUACAUCUCACUACUCCGUUCAAAUCCAGGAUAUCCAGAAUUCAGUUUACUUUGACGAUAUCACAGUGCGUGCUGAUGCCGCGGGUAUCAUGUCAAAGUCCAUCUCCGCACGUUCUGGCACGUUCAUGUCAACUAAAGCGUAUGUCAGGGGUGCCUUUAAUGUUACUGAUGUAUGGUUCUCAACAACCAGCGGACCCAUUGAUGUUCAAGUUGGCCAUCGGGAUGUGGGUUCGUAUCUAACCAGAGUUCCUUUGGGGACGAACGAAAACUCCAUGCAAUCAACGUUUUCUGAAUACGCUACCAGCGGCGGCUCCUUCAGCGUCGAUGCCAAAACCAUAAAUGGCCCGAUCACUGUCUCUUAUACAAAUGCCCCAGUCGACUCUGUCCAAACAUUCAACGCCGCUACAGAGGGUGCGCCCGUAGCAAUAACCAUGAGUAGUACAUAUGAAGGCAAUUUUCGUCUCGAGACCAGUGGUGAUAACCCUAUUGUUGUGAGAGAGAGUGACGCGAAGGAUCCUUCGGGAAGAGGAAGAGAACGAGUCCUGGUCAAAAACCCACAGGACGCGAGUCUCAUGUAUGGCACAGUGUAUUGGGAUCCUCAAGGACCGGGUUGGGAAGGAAGCUAUAUUACAAUACGAACGAACAGGUCGCCCAUCUGGCUUACCGUCUGAGCAGUCAGAUGGGUCACAGCUCUUCGCCGAAUUGCAAAGUUACUACCUCGAGGUUAGGUUACUAUCUAUCUCAAAUUCAGAGUAUCUUUUUCUGUCAUCUUGUUGUGCCUUUUUUGUCCAAAUAUUUUGUAACAAGUUUUGCAAAGAAUAAAAGUCAUUUCUUGU